AUGCAUUUGUUCUCAACAGGUCGCGGUAUAGAAAAUGACAAUCAGUCUACCAUGUCAUUUAAUUGUUUUAACUGCAAAGGACAACCGAAUAUUUCAAAUGAACGAUUUGUAAGAAGUGAACAGAACUUCAAUAGUUAUAUUUUGAAUGAUGAUGAAAAUCAAUCAGACCGUUACGUAUUGUUUGGUAAUUCAUUCCAUAAGGGUAAUAGUUUAGUGUACGAUAUUCCUAUACUAUUCAGAAUGGCAAAAAAACAUUUGCUAAGCUUAAGUUCUGUUGUACGAGAUCAAUAUAAGACAUUCCGAACUCAUGAUCAAAGCAAUUGCAAACCAAUUAAUUUUUCUGAUAUUAGACAUCAAAUUUCCGAGUUUCUUAUCUUUUUAAGAGACGGUCUUCAAAGAAUGAAGGCAUAUGAAAGUUAUAAUUGGUUGAUGGAAUCUCACGAGAAAAAAAUUGAAUUAGAACUAAAUAAUUUAUAUUCAUCACUUGGUCAGUUUCAUAAUUUAUCUGAAACCAUUAUACAACAUGCACUUUCUUCAUCUGAUUGCAAAAAUAACAUUUACUAUCACUUAUACCAUUGCCAUUUGGAUAUAAGAUGGUUUCAAUUAUCUUUGCUUUCAGAAUUACCCAAAAGUAAAGAUACUUUUAAACAUUCUUUACAUAAUGCUUUGAAUGAUUUAGUACAGUUAGCAAGAAAUAGAUUUAAAAAACUACAACUCAAAGAUCUCCAUUUCAAAGAUGCAUUACUUUGUGAUUGCACCUAUGACUUUUUGGUACUCUUACAGUGUUUAAUUAAUAAACAACAAUUACUAUACAACUCUGAUAACUUCUGGCAAUAUUUCAACACAGCUUUAACAAAUGUCAAUUACGUUGAUUGUGAUGAACUUAUUUUUCGAUUAUGGCUUUUAAACAGUUUACAACAAUCUGAAAAAUCAACAUCAAUAGAUUUGAAAGAUAGUGGUUUGGUGUCCAUUCUUAAGGAAUUUCUUAAUAAUGAGCCUAAUGAAGUUCAAUUAAAAUUAUCAGUUUGUUUAUUGGAAAAUAUUGUAAUAUCGUCGUUAAAUACUGAACCAGUAAUUAUAUUGUGGGAAUAUUUUCAUAAAAGACUAAACUCAACAUUUUAUUCUUCAGACUUAAAGAUUCAGAAUAUUGCUUGUAUAAGUAAAAAUGGUUCGGAACUUCUUAUUCAGAUGAACAAUCUAUUUUCUGCUCAACAAACUGAUCUAUUAUCUAAUUACAAUAGUUUUCAAUUAUUUCAAAGAUUACUUGGUCUUCAUUUACAAAACAUCAAAUACAACUCAAAAGAUUGGAAUCAAUUAAAGGGUAGAAUAUUUUCAAAAUUCUCACCAAGUAAACUUAUGUCAUUUAAUGAUAUUGGAUUUUAUAAUUUUACAACAUUGUUCUUGGCAUUAUCAAUUAUGUCAGAUGAUACAUCACAAAUAGCACUUAAAUAUCAACAUCUUGUAAAAUUAAUUUCUGAAUCAAAAUUGGACCCAAAUACUAGAUCGACAUAUUGGAAAGGCACUGUGGCAUUUUUAAUAUUGCAUUCACAGAGGAACACUUCAAUGACUGCAUAUGGAACAUCACUCUCAGAUACAUUAAAUACUACAUCUCAAGAACACAUCACCGUCUAUUUAGAUGGUCUUAAAGAAGUAUUUGUAUUCAGUGAAUCCUUAACUUAUGGGCAACAUACUCUUAUUGGUUCCUGGUUUGGAAAUUAUCUUAGUACAAUAAAACCAUCGGAAAACAAUGAAGUCUUGCAAACGGUGUUACUAAUACUGGAGAAGUUAAAAAAAGUAGGAAAUGAUCAAUCCAUGCCUUUCCCACGUGAAAAUGAAAUGUUUAUACUUUAUGACUCAUUGUACACCUACUUGUUGCCGUUCUUAAAGAAGUCAUGUUUAACAGUUGAUUGUGGUACAAUUGUAGCAGAUAUUGCCGCGACAUUUACAAUUAUUUCAUCUAAACCAGCAUUUUCUGAUACAAAAGUGAUGUUAUUCAAUUUUUUUGUUGUAAAUCAAGGAAUCAAUAUAAAGUUGCUUAACCGAUAUUUAUCAACUAUAAUUAAAGAAAAUGUCAUUGCUAAUGUUCAUGGAUACAACAGUUUAGCUCUAAUUAAAGCGUGGUUACAUAGUUCUAUGUUAAUCACAAACUGGACAUUUAAUGAAACAGUGACCAUUACUCAAUUUGUUUCAAAUAUUAGCGAAAUUAAAGAACUAUUUAAAAACUCGGGAAAUGAUUUGGAAACAAGUGUGGAUCCUUUUAUCACAUUUUUAGAUUUACUAAGCAUAAAGUAUCAUCACAAUCAAGAUGUAAAAUUCCGUCAAAAGAUGAGUGAAAAAGUAUCAGACUAUUUUUAUAGUAUCAAAAUAUGGGUGAAUAUUUUAAUUAAACAACACAAACAAAAUGACGAGAUAUAUAGAUUAUAUAUGGUUAUUGGUUACGUGUUUGAAAAAAUUUCACCAUUAAUUUAUGUUAAAGGUAAACCAAAUACUAUCUUACAAGAAUUAUUGGAUUCCAUGCUCCUGAGUGUAAACUUGAGAAGCCCCAAUACCAAAAUACAUCCAAGUGUCAUAACUGCCUUACUAUCUAGUUUACAUCGUUACUUUAUAGGAUUGUUUCGCCUGAACCCAAAAACAGAUCUGUAUAUAGCUCGUUGUCUCCGUGAACUGAUUUCUUUAUAUUUCCCAAAAAUUUUGGUUGGAAUCAAAUCAUCAGAUGAGUUGCCAUUAUUAAAAUUCUUUGAAGAAAAACCAGACAACGAAAUUCCUGAACGUGCCUUGUUAUUAGAAUUACUUGUAUCAACAUUUUUAAGCAAACGUCACCGAACACCGGACAGCAGCGUUGCACAAGUUUUAGAGUACAUAAAUAGUAUUAUAAAAAUAAGCCAUAACAAUAAAUUAGUGAUUCAAUCAAUAAUUCAACAUACAUUAAUGCGAAUAUGUUCGGUAUCAAUGUUUUGCGAAGAAACCAAUAUUUGUAAACGAAUUACCAAUGAAAUAAUCAACACAUUUAUUAAUUUAAGUGUAUCACAAUCUAAUGAAGAAAUCAAAAAUGAAGUCAUGUCAUCACUGAAUACUCUUUGUGAAGAACACUUAGCAUUUUCUUCAAAAUUAAUCUUCGAAUUUUUUGAUUACUUGAUAACCAUUUCACCAGAUUUUGUUACCUGUUUCUUACCCAAACUUGUAGCACACAUAGAAAAAGUCGAAUGGAAAAGAGGCAUUGGCUCGGAUUAUACUCUUAGGAAAGGACUAGAAAGAAUUCAAAUUAAACUUGGAAAAAUAUAA